AUGGCGGCCCCAUACGUGCCUAUCACAGAGAUCCCGACGGUCUCCCUGCUGUAUAAACUUGGUCGUCUGGUUCCGGUUUCAUCCCCCCUCUUACAACCCUCAAAGCCAUUGAAUGACACUAUCUCUCUCAUUCGCAAUGAUAUAACCAAACUGCAAGGCGUAGAUUGCAUAGUCAAUGCAGCAAACAGAUCCCUCCUGGGCGGUGGAGGUGUGGACGGUGCGAUUCAUCGCGCUGCCGGACCCAACCUGCUGCAGGAAUGUCGAGUCUUGGAUGGAUGUGAUACCGGCGAUGCCAAGAUAACAUCAGCCUACGAACUUCCAUGCAAGAGAGUCAUCCACACCGUCGGACCUAUUUACCGUUACGAACUACGAGGGGGAGAUGACCGACCAGAGGCACUGCUGCGGAGCUGCUACCGACGGAGUCUCGAGCUCGCCGUGGAAAAUGAUAUGAAGAGCAUCGCGUUUUCGGCGAUCAGCACCGGUGUUUACGGAUACCCCAGUGACGAAGCAGCUCGGGCUGCUCUCGAUGAGACUCGAAGGUUUCUAGAAAACCCGAACAACAUUGGAAAGCUGGAAAGGGUUAUAUUUUGUAACUUUGAACGCAAGGAUAAGGUUGCCUACGAGGAGACGAUCCCGUAA